AUGCCAGAGGAGAAGCCGACUGCACCCACUGCCACACAGCCUGAGGGCGCUGCUGCACCGACCGAGGGCGCUGCUGCUAUUCCCAAGAACGUAUUCAGCAUGUUUGGUGGUGGCAAGAAGGACACUAAGAGCGAGGAGGCCAAGGGUGAGGAGGCCAAGGGCGAGGACGCCGCAGCCACCAAAGAGAAUGAGGAUGAUGACAAGGCUCCAGAGGAGGAGGCCGAUGUGCAUUUCGAGCCGCUGGUCCAGCUCGAGCGUGUGGAGGUCAAGACUAACGAGGAGGACGAGGACACCAUCUACAAAGAGCGGGCCAAGCUGUUCCGGUUCCACAAGGACAUCAACGAGUGGAAGGAGCGUGGCACAGGCGACGUCAAGUUCCUCAAGCACAAGACCACCGGCAAAGUUCGCCUGGUCAUGCGUCGUGACAAGACUCUCAAGAUCUGUGCCAACCAUUUCAUCUCUCCAGAGUACCGUUUGAGUCCCAACAUCGGCUCCGAGCGCAGCUGGGUCUACAAUGUCACUGCCGAUAUCUCCGAGGGCGAGCCUGAGGCCCAGACGCUUGCCAUUCGCUUCGGCAACAAGGAGAACGCUACCAAGUUCAAGGAGGAGUUCGAGGCCGCUCAGAAGGCCAACAAGGAGAAGGAGUCCAGCUAG